GGUCUGCUGCCCGAAUAAGACAAUAUGGCGAGCUUAAAACGCAGGAGGGCAGUGCAAGGCAACCGCAGCCGAUCCUUUGGUGGAUGUGCGACAUGUCGGAGGAGACAUACUAAGUGUGAUGAGACAAGACCGAAAUGCACAUCGUGUAUCAAUGCAGGUCUGAGCUGCAGUGGCUACGAGAAGACUGUGUUUUUUUGCUCCGAAGACGCCUCAUCCAACGGUACCGUACGAUUUCGGCGGCCACUGCUCACUGAAAUUGAACGUGCUUGCAUGAGUGAGACAUUGACGUCUAGCGUUCCUCCAGGAUUAGCUCUUUGGCAUAUCGAACAGGUUCAUGAGAAAAGCGAAGCUGCGUCUCGCACAGAAGACUUCGAAGUCUAUCAUGGCUGCUUUGGCGCGUUCAGGGCAGCUCAGGGCCAGGACCGCUUGACCGGACGCAAUUCUAUAGAUGAUUCUGCGACAGGUUACUGCCCGCAAGACGUAGUCUUUCUUGAUGGGGGUAGCCCCUAUCUGUAUGACGAAAUGGCCUUCACACCGAGGACUCGCGCCCUGUUCCAAUCGAUUAUGGAGGAUUCUUUGCUUAUACAUGAUCCCCUCCCUCCGGUGACGAAUUCUUCCGACUACACAAACAACUUCAAUCGCUUUGAAGAGAGCUUCGAUGUCGAGUUUACUCCCUCUGUCUUUCAACAACCAGAACAAUUUCCAUUAUGGGCCCAGGACCCCUACUGUCCACAAUCGCCCUCCUAUACAACUGCAACUCAAGUUAGACAUUCAGAAUCGCCUAGUUCAAUCCAAUCGAAUCCAACUAUGGGUAAUGCCUUACCUCAAGACGUUUUACAUCUUUUUAAGCACUACUCGUCGACAGUGCUCAGGCUACUGACGCCUUUUCAGCACAGCAAAACACCAUGGCAUGUUCUUUUCAUGCCUCACGUCAAGAGCUGCCUAGCUGCUCUCACACUAAGUGAGAUUCUGGAUCACGCAAGCUUGUGUGCGUUCUAUGGCAUACUAGCCGUCAGUGCCUUCAGCCUCAAUGGUCUCUCUGGAAGCGCGUCGUGGCUAGAGACAGGAAAAAGGUACAAAACACGAGCGCGUGAGCAAGCGCGACACAUGCUGCACUCCGCCUACGAGAUUCCAAAAGUGGCAAAGUACAAGUCCAUCCUUAUGGCUCUUCUCACUAUGAUUCAGGUGGCAAUGACAUCGGGAGACAUUGAACAAACAGAUUGCUACUUCCUGGAAGCAGAAAAGUUCAUUCGAGUCAAGGGUCUUAAUCGCAAGAAAUCUCGGAAAGUUCGUUUGCUUCACCACUGCUAUGCGUUUGAGCGCAUGUUCCACGAGAGUGUCUUUGUCGCCGACAUGAACUCGAGCCAUCGUAAUCACAUUCGAAAGUCCAUCGAAUCAAGCGGCGCAGCUAGCUACAGUCAAGAUAGCCUUACAUUCCGCCUGAGUAGCUGGAACAAUCUCGACGAAGAGAUGAUGAAGGUCAAAGGACAAGAGGAAGGCGAAAAUGAUCUACAUCUUCAACUACCAGGAACUUGGUCUGCUACGCUUUACCCGGAGAUAUAUGGUGUUCCGGAAUCUUAUCUAUUUUUGCUAUCACUCAUCAUUCGAUUAGGAAAGGAGAAAGAUGCCGCUGCACAGCAGGACGUUGCGGAUGGACUAAGUUUGAAAGAAUUUUUGAGCCGCGCGGAAGCAGUAGAGCGAUGCAUCAAUCAACUUCGACCACCUGAUCUAAGCAGCAUCGAUCUCGCUGUCUAUGAUUCACAUGAUCUGUUGAAUAAGAUGCUAAGUAGCAUGCAGAAUGCUCUGGCAAUCUACUUUUACCGGAGAAUCUACGAUGUAGAGGCUUCUGUAAUUCAAUCAAAGGUUGAGGCAGUAUGCAACUGUCUAUCACACUUUGAGCCCGCGGGGCUUGACACGGCUUACGGUGCUUUCAGACUCAUUUGGCCCGCAUUCAUUGCAGGCUGCGAAGCUGAAGAUCUCGGUUUAAGAAACACAAUCUUAGAUUGGUUUGAUAGGUCUGCCGCAUGCAGUGGAUCCCGCCUCUUUGCAGAAACGCGAGACAACAUAACACGCAUAUGGGCACAGAAAGACGGUGCAGCUGGCAGUGUCUCU